ACGUCGCGGCCCGCGUCGCCAACGCCGCCGCACCCCUCGGUGUGGACGCGAGUGCGGAGCGCCUCCCCUCUGCAACCUUUUCCUCCACCGCGCCCCUCUCUGCUGGUGCCGUCAUCUUUGCAGCGCGCCGAUGGCGAACAGCCGCGCGCCAGUGGCCCCAAGGCGGAGAGUGUCCUGCGAAACCCGCCCCACCCCCCGUCUUGCCUAGACGCCCUGGCCGGGAGCCUGCGCCACGAACGCCGCCGCCUUGCCCAGGCCUCACCGCGCCCUCCCGCAGCAGCAGCAGAUCCUGUCGACGGCAAGAGCUAGAGUGGUACGGCCGUCUUGGGAAGUGGCUCGUCAGCUGUAUUUCCCAUCUCCUGGGAGAGAUUCAGAUUCUGGGAUUGUGGGCAAGACCGAGGUGUGUGCGAGAAAACUGCCCGGCCAUGGCAUCGGAGACUCAAGCCAAGUAUCAGAAGCUAGCACAAGAAUACGCCAAGCUUCGGGCACAGAACCAGGUGCUGAAGAAGGCCGUGGUGGAUGAGCAGGAGGCAUCCGGGGUCCUCAAGGAGCAGCUGAAGGGUCGGGAGCAGAGCGUGCGGCGUCUGGAGCAGGAGAUGGACAGUCUGACAUUCAGGAACCAGCAGCUCGCCAAGCGUGUGGAACUCCUGCAGGGGGAGCUGGAGUCGAUGGAGACACGAGGGAAAAAGAGCAAGCCGCGUGCGGGCGAGCUGGUGGUCUCCGUCCCUGUGUUCCCGGCGCGGGAGAGCGUGUUCAACGAGGACCUACAGAAGAAGAUUGGGGAGAAUGAAGAGCUGCACAAACAGCAGCUGUAUGAGGUGGCGGACAAGCACGAACGCGAGCAGGCCGCCCUGCGUGAGCGACUCGCCUGGCUGGAGGAGCAGGUGUCGAGCCAGGACAACGUAGCCCAGGCGCUGCGCUCGGCACAUGCCCAGACCACGGAGCGGCUGCAGCACGACAGAGCACAGCAAGAGGUGAAAGUGCAGGCUCUGGAGAGGGAAGCCAAGGAAUGUCGACUGCGUGCAGAGGAAUGUCAGCAGCAACUGCAGGAGGUCCGCGUUGACCUGGGUGGGCGUCUGGAGGAAGCCACCGUCAUCAUCCAGGAGCACAUCCCCUUCAAUGACACCAGCAUACCCGAGUUCAACACCUUAAAUGUCCCAACCUAUGACCGAGCACAUCAGCUGCGUGCACGUGAGCUGGUAGGCCAGGCGCUGUUGCUGGUGCAGGACCUGGUGUCGUCACUGCUCAACUUCCACACGUACACGGAGCAGCGCUGCCUCGUGCACCCACUCGACGCAUCCACGCACCCCGUCUCGCCCGUGAACCAGAAGUUUUGCCAAUUUCUGCAUGAGAAUGCGUCGUACGUGCGUCCCCUGGACCAGGGCAUGCAGCAGCUGCAUGACAGCAUUACAGAGGAUGCAGUCACGAUGCUGGAGACUGUCGUGUCGCUGUCGCUGUUCUCCGACAGCCUCUCUAACUAUGUGUCCUACCUGUCCAAGCUCACGCCCUACCAGCUGGAGAGCCUGCAGGAGGAGUCUCGCUCGCCCCUGUGCAGCGAGGAGCUGCGUAUCCACAAUGCCGCACUGGAACAGGACGUGAGAGCCAUGACAGCAGCCUUCUCCCGCACAAGCACCUACGUGGUGGCGCUCACGCUGCCCGGAACGAGGCCUCAGGCGAUGCACCCUGACAACCACGGUGCAGUGCACACACAGCUCGGAGCCGCCCUGCACAGCCUGCACCGCGCUGCCCAGGGGCUCUCUAAGCACUAUGGCGCCAAGGUGAGCUUGGAGCACGAACUGCCCACUUCAAGCCACAAGCUGCGCUCCACUAACGAGUGUCUCCUCUCAUCCCUCGUCACCCUCGCCUGCACCACUGGCAAGAUUGCCGAGUUUUUCGCUGCCAGCCUGGACUUCCUGUCAGUAGCCCCCAGCUCCGCCUUUGGCCGGCGGGGGGUGGCCGGUGGCGCUGAAGCAGCGCGGUGCGUGGCCAAGUACCGGUGGAAAGCGGCACAGUACAUGUUCACCAUCCAACAGUCGCCCCCGGACUCGGUGCCGUAUGAGGAGGCUAUGGCUAACCGGGCGGUGCUACUUAGCUCCACCGAGAGCCGUGAAGGCCUGGCUCAACAGGUGUUACAGACCCAGGAGAAGCUGCUGCGGCUGGAGCAGGAGAAGGAGCACUGGUUACUCGAGACGCAGCUGGCGCAGGCGCGGUUUGAGAAGGAGACAGCACGCUGCCGCCAGCUGGAGACGCGCUUGCACUUGGCACUGAGCCAAGUCGGUGCCGGUGGUAGCGGCGGUAGCGGUGAGGGGCAGGAGGCAGCGACAGCGCAGGAGGGGAACAUGCGAGAUGCAGUGGCACAGUACGACGGUGCUGGUGCCAGCACGCCGCUCGGCCGGCUGUCAAGCUCAGAGGCGGAGGAACCGUCUGUGCUGGAGGAUGGGCGCGAGCAGCUGAUCAAGCGCCACUACACAGCACGCGUGACUCAGCUUGCCGCUCAGCUGCAGCAGGCGGACAGCAGAGCUGUCCACUUCCACGCAGAGUGCCGUGCUCUCAGCAAAAGGCUCCGUUUGGCAGAAAAAGCACGGCAGCAGUUUCAGAGCGAACUUCACACAGCAAACCAGAACCUCAGCAGUCUGCAGGAUGAGCUCGCCACCACAAAGCGGAGCUAUGAGGACCAGCUGAGCAUGAUGAGUGAUCACCUGUGCAGCGUCAACGAGACGCUCGCAACACAGAGGGACCAGAUAGACGCCCUCAAGCUCGCCGGCAAGGCAAGCUCUAAGAAGAAGUCCCGGUGAAGAGUGAUGGUGAUCGUCUGCUACGGCCUCCACCGUCUACAUCGCUGUGCUCACAAAUGCAGCACCCCCCCGCUGAGGUCCAAGAGAUAAACUCGGAGCCACGUGAACACCGUCUGCUGCAUUUUAGAGGCUUGAUAUAAAUGUGCUGACUCGUCUGAUUGAUGGCAAUAAUAAGAAUAGACGUAUUGUCGGGAUUUUGUUUGGGCACUAAAAAUGAAAUGUUUAAUCUGUCAUAUUGUUGGGCAGCCCUUGUCACAAUUGGUGUUUCCCGGUUGUGAUUUGUUUAAAAAAGGCUAAUGCCACACUGGCUUCACAGUAUUUUUGUCUCAUCAGAAGUGUAAGGUUCCCUUUAACCAAAGAGGCCCUACCCCCGUGCGAAAGAAGUUCAACAUACAUACAAAGGCACUGGGUAAACCGAUGUUAUUUCAAGGAGCAAUCUGUGAACACCAUGGACUCAAUGUAAUUUUAUUUGGGGGAUUAACAAAUCCUGAAUGUUACUGGGACCAGGAUGCUGAAUUACAAAUGCACAUUUUGCCAUUUGAAUUAAGUUAGAUAUUUGAUUUGUCACUGUGGGUAUCAAAUAAUUAAGUUGUAAAUGUAAUUUGUAUCGAUGUUUGAGGCAGCAGUAAUUUCUUUAAGAAUAACUGGGAAAUAUUCUGGCCCUUAUAUAUAAGCACAUAGAGGAUGUCAUGAAUCUUUGGGCAUGAUAGUGCAAGCAAUUUGGACAUUGGAAAUCAUUGUAGACAGAAUCGGACAAAGGAGGAUGGGAUGACUGGGUUGUUUAGGGAGGGCAGGUUACGCACAUGGGCGUGAGUAUGGCACUAAGAGUCCGCACGCUUAUGAGAAGCUCUGAAGCCAGAUGGUGGAUACCAAUACCAGUGGAACAGACAUUAAAGAUUGUGUGUUCACUGUGCAGCAGUUUCAGAAUCUGGCGGAAGUGAUGGCUGUGUGGUGGCAUUGAUGAUCACUGGAGUCUGAUCUUUUAAUAAUCUCUUAUCCAAGGAACCCUCACACUCUAAAUAGUAUCUUGCAAAUGGAUGUUUGGACAAUUUCUGUUUUAAUGAAUAUUGAUUCAGUAAAUGUGUUUGACUUUAAAUAACACGAAUAUACCCAAGUAUGCAGUUUAAUUGCCUGUCACCAUGAAAUGUACAUAUUUGUCUAAAUAAUGUUUAGCCAGGAAAGUGUCACUGAAUCACCGAGGUGUUAAUGAUCAGGAUGCACUGCUUGGGACUUUGAGCCAAUUUUUUAAUGAAUAACAAUUAGUACAUUUGAUGUUUCCGCCAUUAUUAUUGCAAAUUGCUAUCCUGGAGGUGCCGUGUUUCACAGACAUGAUCAGCAGUAGCUUCACGGGAGGGGUCAUUGCUUUGUGUAAUACCAAAUUGAGUAAUUUUGCAGCCAUAUUAAAAGUUGCACCGUGAUGAUGACACAGUACCCAAACUCUUUUCCCAAUUACGUUAUCGGUUCUUCGACAUCCACUGCGAAGCAGACGGCGCAUUAUCUACAGUUAAUACACACCUGCAGUAAUAACCAGGGCGGCCGACUAAGUUUGAACAGUGAACCCCCUGCAACAAGCGGUGAAUGUGCUCCUACUACGACUCCUGGGCUAUUGCAACCGCUAUUAUUCUCAUCUGGUAGCCAUGGCCCAGCUGUGGGAAAUAAGAUAGCUGAUGUCACAUUCCCACAGUGGGACUCCUUUUUACAUAUCCUGUGAGGAUUAUUACGUGCCGACUUUAGCCCCCAGCCAGGAUUUGAGAUGGCAACCUUCCAAGUAUGAGUUGAGCUCCCUGUCGCAGUGCUGUCCCAACCUGAUGGGGGAUGGCACUAGAAUACGUAAAAUAGUUGAGCAUUCUAGUUGCUGUGCUGUCUUCUGCUGACCUCAUAUCCUUGGUAGGAGGAAACCCAUCAGGAAGUGAAUGGUUAAUUUCAGCUGCACAGUCCUGUUAUAUACCUGAACGUAUUUACAGUCUACGACCACAGACGUGGAGUGUUACAAUCAGCUUUAGUGCAGGAGCCAGAUUGAUUGUUGCAUGACAGGACCGUGAGGGAUGGUGACAGCUUUGGGGAUACUUUCAUCCAACAGUAGAUAGACCAUGGCUGAUAGCCUGGGCCGUACAGUGAACACUUAGUGUGGAUGGAUGCUGGGAGCCAUGGCUGCGUGAUUAUGGGCUUAUCGAGAUGCACGUAUAUCCAGCAGUGUGGUAGCGGUGUGCUGGAUUACAUCGAGGUGAUUCCUGUCAUAAGCCAGUACAGCAAGUAGGUCGCUGAUAUCUACAGAGUUUAUCAUUUGUUUACUCCCACAUGCUGUUUUAUUUGCAAACUCCGGUUUAUGACCAAUAUAUAUUAGGAUACAAAUUGUCAGGUUAGAGUUUGUUUGUAAAAAGCAAUGUCUCAUUUCACAUCAUGAGAUCAACUCCGGUAAUUUAGUAUUAUAUGUUUUAUGUUAUAUGCUGUGAACUAAAAAAAUUGGAAAAUCCUAAAUAUCCAGAGAAGCCUGAAAAAAAACCGGAUUUCAUACUGAGAGAUUUGGAGAAAAUGCCUGGCUCCGAGUGUGUUUUACUUGUCUUCAAAGUGAAAAGAUAAUUAGUGAGGAAAGUGAUUUCCUAGUGAUAAUGAUACACAUUUAUAUAGCGCCAUGAAAGUGUUAGAGGCACUCAGCCGGACAUUAGUUAUUAGUUAUUUUCCAAACGCAAGUUAACUUGUUGGUUUAGAGUUUGUGUUUCAUGCUCGCAAGGGCAGACGUUAAUUGCUCGGCAGGUUGCAGAAGCUCCCAACUGAGUGAGUUCCAGCUGAGCAGCGCUGCAACGCUGUUGAGCACGAUCUGUGAUACGCAGGUUUUUUUUUAUCGUUUUAGCACUUGGAAGGGUGGGCGACAGGGACUUGGAAUGCAAUCGGAAGCAGUGUGGAGAUAGCCAGGCAUCCCCAGUCGAGGAGACCAAACCACUCGGCUCAAGAAGAAGCAACACACAAGGUGUGAGUGAUUUGCAGGAGGCCAUUGAUCUAAUUGUUGAUGGACCAAGUGCAUUGUGUUUCAAGGGGACCAUGUUGAAAAAAAUAACACGACUUCAUCCAAGGCAUUCACGUUUAUAUUUUUAUGGACUUUUUGAUGCUCCCUCCUCAUACUGUCAACAAUUGCGACUGAGAUAUCUUAACGUGGAAGGGCUGACUUUUCAAUUGGUUAAGUGUGAAUAACGGAGGAACUCCCUUUUGUUAUAUUUUAUAUUGGGGCGACUUUGCAGGCGCUGUGUGCAGCUCUUUACGGUGCUGCUAUUUCGUGACGGUUAUUUUUUAAGAGAUCCCACUCUCUAGUAUUCACCACGUCGCAUUGCGGCUCUUUAAAUAUCGAGGUUCUUUACCUAAUUAAAAAAAAAAAUUGCCAUUGUUAUUUUAGGUUGCCGACCCCGGUCUGAAAUGUUGAGUUUUGCACAAUUAUUCACAAGCAGUGUGUGAUUAUAUUAUUUGAAGCGUUUUAGUCUACAAUUAAUUGACCAAACAUCUAAGCAGGGUCUUCUUGUCACACAGUGAGGUUUAAAGAGAAAAUGUAUUGAGGGUCUCUGCCAUCACCUCCCUUGAAAAGCGAAUUGCGAAUCUUGAGGCUCAACCCUAGUUAAAUGUCAUUGGCAAAGCAAUAGACAUUUUCAGAUGACAUUGUGAGACUUCAAAUUACUAUUGUGUUUACAGAAUGUUGCACUGAAGCCACUAAUCUUAAAUGGUUUUCCCCAGGGCCUCAGAGCUGUGUUUACCUUUUUAAAUUUAACUCCGAGGCUUUCGCGACCAAUAUUAUUCAUUAUAAAGUUUGUUUUCAGUUAGCGUAAAUAUAAAUGUGUCGUUAGCCCACCACCACCCGACACAACCAUUUAGUAAGGUUUGUAAUGGUAACAAAAUGUGCCAAAUAGUUAGUAGUUCAGCACACCGGUGGGUUGGAGAGUAAACCCACAACAUUUACAAUUGGAGUACGACGUUUCAAUGUUAAUUACAACCAGCCUCAUCAGGCGAUUUGCCAGAAACGUCACAGUACUCAAAUUGUUAAUGUUGUGUUUCAGUUUAAUUUAUUGGUAUAGCCCUGUGAGCCAUUCGGCUCUUGAAUCGAGUGCAACCGCAACAAACAAAAACAUGAACAAGAAACAUCUUAAAGUGACAAACAGAAAAAUCCAGGAAAAAACAGCAAAGACUUCUGGAAAAAGCACCGUAUAUCAAUGCUGUGUGCAAAAAUCCCAGUGGGAUGCAAGUCAAACAAUAACAACCAUAAGACAAUUUAGAUUAAAGUUAUCAGUCUAACUCUGUACUACAACAAACAAAUAUGGCUAAACCAAAACGUUUUCGAAAUCAAAAUAAAGCAAUGUAACAGUGAUCAUAGGUACUGUUAUUGAAAUUUUACAAUAAACGAUAUACAUAACAUGUACUACCAAAUUCUGCAGCCACAGCUGGCUGCAUGAGUCACUCCAUAACAGCAGGAGUAUCAGUAGGAGUAUCAAAACAUUUCAAUGCAACAGAACCGGUGUGCUGAACUAGUAAAUAAUUGGCACGUUUUGUUCACGUGAUAAUGUUUACUUAUUGGCUGUGCCGGGUGGUGGUGGGUUUCGCGAUAAAUUUAUGUUUACGUGAUACAACUCAAAACAACCCUUUAUUAUGAACACCUUUUCUUUAGUGUGAGUGCUCUGCCCUGAAUUUCGUGACAGUGUUCACAACGACACUGAAAAUAGUGGCUGAGAAUCUUGACACGCAGUGGUUAAGAUCAAUUCCAAGAUCUCAGUGCCUGCUGCUCAAAGGAGCGGUCGUGCACUUUGGCAGCCACGCCAGGAGGCGGCUUCUCUCGACGACGCGGACCACUAUUAACUUCCCACAACCUUUCAUGAGCCCAGAGCUUGAUGUUUUUCCUCUAUAAACCAGACUCAAUGAUCAGGCUCCACUACUAAUUCUUGAGCUUUUUUUGCUUAUUUCCAUUCUGAAACCAAUAGCUGCUUUGUCAAAGAUCGAGGUAAAGUAGAGGAUAAAGCAGAGGCAAGAUCGGAGUGUGCUCAUUUAUUGCUUUUACUUCCCAGUUGGAUAUUGUUUUUCUGUGGAAUGAAAAGGGGCACGGCAUGUUUGACAUCAAUUUCACUGCUUCCUAUAAAAUAUGGAUAAUUUUCAUGAACACUGUGAUUCAUACUCUUUAGUUUUUUCGGUAAAGUCACGUAGGUAUAAAAUAAAAUAAAUCACGACGUUUCGUGCGCAACACAAGCGUCCAUCAUCAGGUGAAAAAGCAUGGUCUGCUGCUGAGGCAGACUGUUUUAAAAGGUUUGAAAAUGGGCGUAGCUCAAGGGUUAGAAAGAAGUGGUCGGGGCUAGUGAUGUUAAUGUGAGAAUUUAGCAUGUUACUGUAAGAUAGGAGAGCGGCCUCCUCGACGAGGGAGUGCAACCCAACGGGUGUAAUCCGAAGGGCCUGUGAGUAUCAGAGUGCAAUGCAACGGACAUGUGAGCAUGAGAGAUCUAAGAGAGAGGCAUAGAGAGAGAGAGACACAGAGAGUCUAAAUAACUGCUGACAAUAUGCAGGUUGGAUGGAAACAUCACAGUCAGUUAAGACUUUACCUGGUUAAUAACGUCCUUCCAAUGAUUGCUCAGUUUGUACCCAUCCUCUCGGUUGAAGUUGUGUCUGUGUAUAUAUAUAUCUGGAUGGCUUCAUGAACAAAUCUCUGAAGGUAGCCGGUAGGUUUUCAGAGUACCUCCGUCUUGGAAAAAUCAAUUUCGUGUGAGCCCACAGCGUUAAAACAAUUAUCGGCAACGGCAGAGGUAUUGGUCUUACCGUGUUUCAGAUCUGCCUUGUGUUCACGGACGCGGUCCGACACAUGUCGUUUCGUUUCCCCAAUGUAACUGCAGCUCACGAGUUGCUUCAAUGUCUUCAUCGCUUUGUUUUGCACCUUCCUCUUAAGUUAGACACACAUAUUGAGAUUCAACUUUACCAAUUUCAGCUUCAAAAGGGAAAGGACUGAUUAAUCAUUUGUGCCCAAUUGCUCUUUGGUUUGAUCUAUUUCUAAUCCCCAUCACAAUUGCACACCAACUCUGAUAAUUACCAGAGGCUAAUCGCCGUCAUUACAGUGCUUUAUACGUUGUACACAGCGCAGUCUUCUUGGUCUACCUUGCAAUUGUGCCAACGAACUCAUUCACUGCUACAAUUGAAGUGGAACGCCACGGCCGCGGUGCUCCCCGGAGGAAACUCCCUCAACUGCUUCACCAUGCACACCACACACAGCUGGGUCUGGCCCUGAUAAAUGCCUCUCAACAUCAGACCUUCAGGAGAGCAUGAUGACAAUACAUGAAGACACAAUGAGGUUAUACCAUUUGCCAUGAAACACUGCUUAGGUCGCCAUAGUGGGGUGGGGGACACGACCAUUACCAGAUGUCCAGGCUGCAUGGUGGGGUUAAUGGACAAACACUCCCUCUCCCUGCCACGGCAGCCUGUGCAGGUGAUCCUGUAGCUGCUCUCACUUCAAGCAGUCCGCUCAUAUCUGCGAGACUUGGUUGAGAUUGGAGUGCAUUAGAUAGACAGUUCUUGCAGCACCCCAGAGUAGUUCAGUGCAGGGUGAAAGUGGAGAAUCUCUCAAUGGCAGUGACUUUUGCACACCCUGAAAAUAAGUGGCUUUGUGUCAAUAAAAUCGCUAAACGUA